UCUUGGAAAAAUGGCGAGCUUAACAUCUUCCACACUGCAACUCACAAAAUCAAACCCAAUAUUCUUCUCAAAAUCUCCUCUCAAAUUCCACGCGCCGUUCAUCACACGCGCCACCACCGAAGAAUCCUCACCGUCCGAUACUGAAGAAGAAACCACCACCACCAACUCCGAUCCCGACAGCUUCGAGAAUCGUCUUUCCCAAGUCCGUCUCCGGUACCGGAGCGGAACGGGUAAGAAAGCGGAGAUCCGAAAGACCCGAAAGGGCAACAAAAAAGGCUCAUCCGGAUCUGGAUCCGGGUCGAGUGUGUUCCUCCCACCAAUUCCACUAAAGGAACCCGUCUCCGAAGGUUUAAACGUUGAAUUCGGAUUUAGCCCGUAUUCAGAGCGGGUCAAUGGACGGAUCGCUAUGCUCGGGUUAUCCGCAUUGCUGUUAGUAGAACUCGCAACAGGUAAAAGCGUGAUUAAUUACCAUACACCGGCAAUUGUGUUUAUUCAGGUUUAUUUUGUUGCUGCUGUGACAGCGGUUUAUUUGAAGUAUGAGAAAGAAAAAGUUAGUGUUUGGCCUAAAUAGUUAGUGAAAAUGAGCUGCCAUUGUUGAGCUCUUUGAGAUUUUUUUCCAUAUUUGUGCAUUUGUAUGAUGACUUAUCCCAAUUAUUGGAUGUUAAAAACUUAUCCUUAA